GUCACGGGAAGGUGUAUGGAACGAGUAUUGUACAUGCAUAGGAUAAACACGCAAGAACUUGUUGCUUGGGUAUUGGCUACACUGAAGUGGGCGUGUGCGACACAUUCUGAGAACAUGUGUUUUGAUUCAUCAGGAAGAAGCGUAGGGCAAUAUUGCCACGGAGUGUUGACGUUUGUGUUGUGUGUGCGUAUUGUGUUUUACACCAAUCUUGCCAAAGAUAUGUCUUGAUUCUCAGAUAAGUGUGCUAAUCUCAACAACAUGGCAAAGUUUGUGCCAGGAUCUGCAUCUUCUCCGACAGCUGAAGUGGAGCUCAGUCUGUCAUGCAGGGACCUUUUGGACACCGAUGUAUUCUCAAAAUCGGACCCAAUGUGUGUUACUUACCUGAAGACAUAUGAGACACAAGACUGGAUUGAAGUGGGACGAACUGAGAUGGUCAAGAAUACAUUAAACCCAGAUUUUGUACGAAAGGUACAUUUGACAUACAGAUUUGAGGAACAACAGUGGCUGAAAUUCGCUGUGUACGAUAUUGAUACGGAGUCACCCGACCUUGGAGAACAUGAUUUCUUAGGAGAAUGUGAAUGCACUCUAGGCCAGGUAGUAUCUGCUGGUCGUUUAGCUUUGCAGCUUCAUCGUCCAUCUUACACACGGGGACAGUUAAUAGUAUCUGUUGAAGAGCUUGCAACGUGUCGUGAUGAAGUAAUCUUACAGUUUUGUGGGCGUAAUCUAGAUCGUAAGGAUUGGUUUGGCAGCUCUGACCCCUUUCUGGAGUUCCAGAGAGUUGGAGAAAAUGGCAGUUAUCAUGUAGUCCACAGGACAGAAGUGAUAAAGUGGACAUUGAAUCCUAACUGGAAACCCUUUGUAAUGCCAGUCAGAACCUUGUGUGCUGCCGAUAUGGAUCGCUCAAUUAAAAUUGUGUGCUACGACUGGAACCGCAGUGGGAGCCACAGCCUCAUUGGUGAAUUCUGUACAACAUUACGAGAACUCUCAAAUGGUCCAGGACCUGCCACUGUCUUCCACUGUAUACAUCCUCGCAAACAGGCAAAAAACCAGUCAUACCAACAUUCUGGAGAGGUGAGGCUUCUCCGUUAUGAAUACAAAAAAGUCUACUCUUUCCUUGAUUAUGUAAAAGAAGGAGGUACACAGCUGAAUUGCACUAUAGCCAUAGAUUUCACAGCUUCCAAUGGAGAUCCACAGAGUCCAGACUCUUUGCAUUAUAUAUCAUCAGUUGCACCAAACCAGUAUGAGCAGGCACUGACAGCUGUUGGAGAGAUAAUUCAAGAUUAUGACAGUGAUAAACUGUUUCCUGUGCUUGGUUUUGGUGCUCGUAUACCCCCUGAUGGAAGGGUCUCCCAUGAAUUCUUUGUAAAUAUGCUUCCCAGUCCAUUUUGCUCAGGAAUUGCAGGUGUUUUGGAAGCUUAUAAGAGUUGUAUUAGACAAAUUCAACUCUAUGGGCCAACAAACUUCAGCCCAGUUAUCAGUCAUGUUUCAAAAUUUGCAGAAACAUACUGCGAUGGCACACAGUAUUUCAUACUGUUAAUAAUCACAGACGGAGUAAUCACAGACAUGUUUCAAACAAAAAAGGCAAUUAUCCAUGCUUCAUCUCUACCAAUGUCAAUCAUUAUUGUGGGUGUUGGGAAUGCCGAUUUCACAGCUAUGAACGAGUUGGAUGCUGAUACGGUUCCACUCAUGGUUAAUGGUAUUAAGGCUGAGAGAGACAUUGUGCAGUUUGUACCAUUUCGAAAUUUCCAAAGCAUAAGGAAUCCAACGUUGGCAAAAGCAUAUCUUGCAAAAGAAGUGUUAGCUGAAAUUCCUGACCAGAUAGUAGGUUUUAUGAAGUCUCGAAACAUAGCUCCGAAGCCACGUCCUGCAACUGGGAUUCCUACUGGUGAUGUUGGUUCUGUUGUGCAGUGACUGACUCUUGUUAACAUGCUCUUAAAGUCGUGCAGUCUUCUAUCACUUAGGAUAAGAAUAUCCUGAACAUUUCAUGGUAUUUGUGAAAUUUUUUUGAAUCCAUUGUCUGUGAUUGUAGAACUACAGAGAAAUAAACAUUUCUUAGCUGGAAUUAUUGUCACUGAGCAUAAUCACAGUUUCUUUUAAAUUAAUAAAUUUAGUAUUACUUUCUAAUAAACUGUAUAAAUCAUUCCAGAUAGAGAUAUAGGUCACAAGUAUCUAAAUUAUUUAUUGAUUAAUAUGUCAUAAUAUUAGUAACCUCAAGUUUAGGUAUUAAUAAAAUCAGAAAUAAUUUAUGAGGGAUAUGUAGAACUCCAAAGAAAUAUGUGCUGUAAUUAUUCUUACUAUUUAACACCAUGACUUCAAAUGUUUUGUAGAUACAAAAAAAAUAUUCUUUUGAGACUGCUACUGUUUUUAUACUCUUUGACUCUCUCUACUUGCUGCCUAGAGGACCAAAGUGUUACCCGAACAACAUAUUUAUAUAUUAUAUAUGAACUUAAUUCUGAGGUAAGUCAUUGUAAUGUCCAUUUAUAUAUGAUGCGCAUGUUUGGUAUUACUUUAAUAUUCCUGAUGUUCUGUACCAUUUUCAAGUUGUUCCAGAACUGAACAGAGUAUUGUGAUGUGCUUUUAGUAAAAUCUUGAAUGUAACAACUAGAACUGUGAGUGAAAAAUAACUACUUUCCAUUAUAUAGCCGAAAUAAGGCAGCCUUAGUUAUUUUUCUCUCAGUAGCAAAAUCUGCUUUGGUGGUACAAUGAUCCUGAAUCAUCAUGCACAAAUUCUAAUUCUAAUGAAACACUACUGCUAAUUUCAGUAGACGUCCAGAAGUUCCUCUGUUCGUUUCUCUGAUAAACAUAACUGCCAGAUAAUGUGCCUUAUGGCAAGGCAUUCUAAUCAUGUUAACUUGAAAGCUGCACCAGGGCUUAUACAUUGCUUAUCUCCAUGAGCAAUUAUGAACAGCAUGCCUAUAAAUUUGCAUUGUGUUUUUAUCAUGUUAUUGUUAUGAAAUGUUGUUCAUUUAUCUUUUAUCAUGCAGAUUUAUGAUUGCUUGUAUCUAAGGUACUCGGUGAGAAGUUGAUAUGUUUAGCUUAUUAUUGUACCUGCUCAGGUAAUGCACUAAAAUUUCUGAAGCACACUUAGAUGCAAUGCAUAUUAUCAAGGAAGUGCUGAGAAGAUGCAGUACCGCCAUAGAGGAAUAUUUCCUAGAUGGUUAGGAAAGGAUCUGUGAAACUUGUCAGUCAGUUAAACUGUGUUUCAUUAUUAUUACUA